CCCUCUGCCAGUGGGAGCGCGCACAGACGCACGGAGCGAGCGGACAGGAGAGACACAAGUCCAACAUCCUCUGAGCGCCAUAUCUCUGAUCUGUUUUCUGGAGCGCUCCUGAACACCUGCCGUGGAGGGGAGAAGAAGAAAAAAAACUCCGACUUAUUAGCGCGUUUCAACUCUCACCCAAAUUGCGAUGGAGUUCCCUACAGUUCCUUCAGAGGACUUUCAGGAGGUCUACUCUGGGUCUGCAACUCCUUAUUUAAAUGCCACAUUCUUAGAGGAUCUGCUGACUGAACCGUCUAAAAGCAACGAAACCAGCGGGGUCGCAGCCAGAGACACCUCGGGUCUCAUCAUCGCAGUCUGCAUCACGGCUCUCUACUCUCUCGUCUGCGUGGUGGGACUGCUGGGAAACGUGCUUGUUAUGUACGGAGUGAUCCGCUACACCAAGAUGAAGACCGCCACCAACAUUUACAUCUUCAACCUGGCUCUGGCCGACGCUCUGGCCACCAGCACCCUCCCCUUCCAGAGUGCCAAGUACCUGAUGAGCACGUGGCCCUUCGGGGAGCUGCUGUGCAAGGUGGUCAUCGCCAUCGACUACUACAACAUGUUCACCAGCAUCUUCACCCUCACCAUGAUGAGCGUGGACCGCUACAUCGCUGUUUGCCAUCCUGUCAAAGCCUUGGACUUCCGGACGCCUGCUAAAGCCAAGCUCAUCAACGUCUGCAUCUGGAUCCUGUCCUCGGCUGUCGGAGUGCCAGUGAUGAUCAUGGCGGCUACAAAGGUGACGGACAAAGGAAACACCGCCUGCACGCUCAGAUUUCCCAAGCCGGAGUGGUACUGGGACACCGUGAUGAAAAUCUGCGUGUUUAUCUUCGCCUUUGUGGUGCCAGUCCUCGUCAUUACCAUCUGCUACGGCCUGAUGAUCCUGCGGCUGAAGAACGUCCGGCUGCUGUCCGGCUCCAAGGAGAAGGACAGGAACUUGCGGCGCAUCACGCGCAUGGUUCUGGUGGUCGUGGCGGCUUUCAUCGUCUGCUGGACCCCCAUCCACAUCUUCAUCAUCGUCAAGACCAUGGUGGAGAUCAACCACAAGAACCUCCUGGUGGUAGCCAGCUGGCAUCUGUGCAUCGCCUUGGGCUACACCAACAGCAGCCUGAACCCCAUGCUGUACGCCUUUCUGGAUGAAAACUUCAAGCGGUGCUUCAAUGACUUCUGCCUGCCGUACCGCUCCCGCUCGGAGCAGAGCAGCUUCUCCAGAGCGCGCAUCAGCGCCAGGGAGCCCGUGUCUGUUUGCGUGCCUGCGGGGGUGCAAAGAGCGCCGGGCUGACAGAGCGCGGAUCAGUCAGAGGGAGAAACGGGUCAGGAUGGACUUCAGACUGAUGACACACAGUUCUCCACCACUGGAGUCUGAGGUUUUGACCUUUGAAUGAACCGUGGAUGGGGUUCAUGUUGUGAUCGCUUACCUAAAAUAUUAUUAAAGCAUUUUAUUUGAAAUAUACGAGUGCCUGUAGAUAAGAAAUCUAGACAUGUUCCCCUGAGCUUUGCAUAAAAAUUCACACAAGAUUGUCUGACUAGAUUAAAAAAAUCAAGUAACUGGCCCUGCUUUAUUUGAUUUAAAGAAUCAUUUUCAGCUUUAACAGUUGGGAGCUCCACAUUUUACAGAGAAGAUUCAGGUGUGAGUUUUCUUAAAGAGUAUUUGUAUGGUCAGUUUGAGGCCAAUGAUGGUGCAUGGUUAGACGAAACGGUGUAAUCGUCACUCUCCCACAGAUUACACAGAUUCUCCCACCUGCCUUUGAUAACAGUCUGGAUAACAGCUUCCUGUUAGAACAGCAGAGAGGAUUUUGUUGAAGAUACUUGUGACCGUGGCUCAAAGAAACGCACAGUUUUGAAGUUAAACGUCAUUCAUGAUCCAAUAAAGGAUGUCUAAAAA